AUGCCUCGGGCCCUCGCCAAGGUCGGCGACCAUGUUGUCGCCGAGACAGAGAUCUGGGAAACAGUCGAAGGAAACAUCUAUUUCCCACCGUCGGCGAUCAAAGAUCAGAGCCUCCUCCAGCACUCGGAUUUGUCCACUUUUUGCUCAUGGAAGGGCUAUGCUUCGUACUGGAACGUGGCUGUAGAUGGUAAAACCAUUGAAAAUGCGGCCUGGUACUACAAGGAGCCGUACGACGCAGCGAAGAACAUCAAAGACUACAUUGCAUUCUACAAGGACAAAGUGGACAUUGUGGAGGAAUAG